AUGCCGCCAAAAGCAAGACAGGGUACUGGACUACCUGCCACACCAGAAGAGUUGGCACAACUAAUAGCCCAACACGUUAAUACUGCCUUGGAACAGCGUAAUGCUAACCAGAACGAUGGCCAGGAACGUGGAUGUGGUGCUCACGGGCAUAGUCUUAGUGGGACGCAAAUUGGAAACCCUCCAGCGAUAUGCGUGAUAUCGGGCUGUCAAAAUGAGUCGGUCAUUCGAGUGAUUCAGCGUUCCGAACCUAGAACUGGAGAUUCGAAGAAGCGCAAACCUGAGAGCUCUAAGAGGAACCUCGAAGAGGAACGUGGGAAGAAGCGUAGCUUGGGGAGAGCAUGUGUAGCUAACCCUAGAGAGUCGGGAAAGGGUAAAGUCGGUGAUGAACAAGAGAAGUGCGCCAGGUGUGGCCAAACCGGACAUGUGACCCCCAAGUGUUAUGCUAAGAGUACGUUAGAUGGAGUUAAGCUCAAGGGAUGCUUCGUAUGUGGUGAGCAAGGACACAACAAAAGAAAUUGUCCGAAACCGGAAGUACAGGAUGCAAGGGGCAAAUCCGUUGAGGCGAGUGCUGGGAAGGCAUGUAAAAAUCCUGCUACUGUUACUGGUAUAUUUCGGAUCAAAAACCAAUCUAUGUUCAUACUUUUAAUACCAAAGCUGACUUGA